AUGGCUGCGCUGGCCUUCACCCUGGAGGGCGCCAGCCUGCAGUUCUUCACCAUCGAGGUGCCCCUGGCGCCUCCAGCCACACCGACUGACCAGGAGGACGAGGAGCAGGCCGACGACCUGCUGCCCACGCCGCUGCCGCCGCGCUUUGCGGCGCUCAGCCGUGCGCUGGCGGCCGUGCGAGCGCUCAACAGCGCGGCGGCGCCCUUUGCAGUUCACGCGCUGGGCCAGGAGGAGCUGCGGGUUGUGACCCUGAAGCCGCACGUGGCGGGCGUGUUCAGGAUGCUGCACCAGCGCCAGGCCUCCUGCGGCAUCGUGCUGCGGGAUGUGAAGAGCCACGUGGCGGUGGCGCCGCUGCCAGCGCCUGAGCUGGGGCGGGCGUGCGCGUGCGGCCUGCUGGCCAGCCUGCUGCCGCGCGGCUGGUGGCAGUUGGACGAGGAUCGGCUGCUGGGGACCAGCCUGCUCGAGCCGGCGCAGGAUGGGGCGGCCCAGGCUUGCAGCUCGCUGACCGUGCGGGUGCAUGCUGAGCCAGGCAACAAGCAGACCAAGCUCUACCUGCUGGUCAGGGCAGAGGAGGUGGAGUUCCGGCACCCCGCCUGCCGCCCCGGCGCCAGCCUGGCGCAGCGCAGCGCCAGCCUGGCGGGCGCUGAGUGCCAGCUGCUGCCUGACCUGCGCCCGGCGCUCAUCCAGCGGCUGCGCCCGGCGGAUGAGCCCACGCUGGCCCGCCUGCGCCCGCUGUGGGCCAGCCACGGCAUGCCGCUGCCUCCGCAGGUGGACUGCCUUGUGGAGGUGGCGCUCGACUGCAACCCAGACGCACCCACCUUCCGUUACCCGGACUGCCGCGUGCUGGGCGCCUCGGGCCUGCUCAGCGUGGCCAGCAAGCGCAGCGCGCCCACGGUGCAGGCUGCGCUGGCCAGGCUGCGAGACGACCUGGCCGCCACCCCCAUCAAGUUCCUGGGCCCUGGCCUCAAGGUGGGCGCUCAGGCGCACGAGUGGUUCCCUGGCGGGGCGCCGCUGCAGCCGCGCAGCCGCCACCAGGCAGCCCAGCCGGCAUUGACGGCGCCGGCGCCGGCAUUCAUCACCGCCCGCCAGCACGCCGAGCUGAGCAAGGGGCAGGCUGGCGGCGGCACCUCUGGAGGGCUGGCCCUGGGGCAGGCCUUUGAUGUGGCGUCCUUUGCGGCGGCAGCAGCAGGCAGUGCGGCGGGUACGCAGCAGCAGCGCCCUAGGCGGCCUAACUUUGUGGCGGGGGCCAAGCUGCAGGCGGCGUUCGAGGAGGCCAAGCGGCAGCUGGCCGAGGAGGAGAGGCCAGCUGCUGCCGCUGCCGGCAGCGCGCGGCCAGCGCCAGCAGCGCCCACAGCGCCCAGACAGCAGCCAUUCGCGCUGCGGCAGGCGGCAGCCGCUGUGGGCGGCAGCCGCAAGCCAACGGUGCCAGUGUUCAAGAAGGCAGCGGGUGCCCCUGGCCCCGCACGUGGCAAGGUGGCUGCGACCCCGGGCAAGAAGCGGGCGCCCGCAGCCAAGCCACCGCCUGCUCCCAAGCGGCCCAAGGCUGUGACCGACACGGCAGCCUGCGCAGGCCUGGACGGCUCUGUGGCCGGCGCCACGGGAAGCCUCCCCGCCAGCUCGGCUGCCGCUGGGCUGCCUGGGAUGCCGCCCUCCUCUGCCGCCGCAGCCGCUGGUGCCGGCAGCGCGCCGCCAUCUGCAUACAAGCAGGCAGCAGGCAAGGACAAGGCACGGGCGGCCACGGCAGCAGAGGGCGGCGGCAUGGGGGCGGCGCCGCCGCCAAAGGCGCCCGCCAAGCCUCGCGCCAAGGCAGCCGACGUGGAUGUGGCGGCAGUCACCGCCAAGGUGGGCCAGAUGCACGGCGCGGGCACGCUGGGCAAGCUGACCGUCCCGGAGCUCAAGGCGUACCUGAGGAGCGUGGGGCGGCCGGUGGGCGGCAAGAAGGGGGAGCUGGAGGAGCGGGUGCGGCAGCAGCUGGGGACGGCUGGGCUGUGA